GACGCAACAUAGCGCAGCAGGGAGAAACAAAAAAAUAUACAUAUACCAGUGUAUGUCCAGAAUGGAGCAGUGGUCCGAGGUGUCACUACAGACUCUGGUUCGAUUCCAGGCUGUCCCAUAGCGCGGUGCACAAUUGGCCCAGCGUCGUCUGGGUUAGGUCGUCAUUGUAAAUAAGAAGUUGUUCUUCACGGACUUGCCUAGUUAAAUAAAGGUUGAAUAAAAUAAAGAAAAAUUCGUCCCAGCGCACUGUGAAGCAUCGGUUGGUUACCGACAUGUCCCCCGUAACGCAACCGUUUUAUCAAAUUGAACAAGCUCCAAUAAAUGUUUUACAUCAGCGGGUCUGUUUGGUAGGCAGUAUGUGGGGAAUAAACAGUUCCGUUAUUAAGGAAUAGUGCCCUUUCACCCACCAAAAAGGGGCAGUAUGUGGGGAAUAAACAGUUCCGUUAUUAAGGAAUAUAGUGCCCUUUCACCCACCAAAAAGGGGCAGUAUGUGGGGAAUAAACAGUUCCGUUAUUAAGGAAUAGUGCCCUUUCACCCACCAAAAAGGGGCAGUAUGUGGGGAAUAAACAGUUCCGUUAUUAAGGAAUAGUGCCCUUUCACCCACCAAAAAGGGGCAGUAUGUGGGGAAUAAACAGUUCCGUUAUUAAGGAAUAGUGCCCUUUCACCCACCAAAAAGGGGCAGUAUGUGGGGAAUAAACAGUUCCGUUAUUAAGGAAUAGUGCCCUUUCACCCACCAAAAAGGGGCAGUAUGUGGGGAAUAAACAGUUCCGUUAUUAAGGAAUAGUGCCCUUUCACCCACCAAAAAGGGGCAGUAUGUGGGGAAUAAACAGUUCCGUUAUUAAGGAAUAGUGCCCUUUCACCCACCAAAAAGGGGCAGUAUGUGGGGAAUAAACAGUUCCGUUAUUAAGGAAUAGUGCCCUUUCACCCACCAAAAAGGGGCAGUAUGUGGGGAAUAAACAGUUCCGUUAUUCAGGAAUAGUGCCCUUUCACCCACCAAAAAGGGGCAGUAUGUGGGGAAUAAACAGUUCCGUUAUUAAGGAAUAGUGCCCUUUCACCCACCAAAAAGGGGCAGUAUGUGGGGAAUAAACAGUUCCGUUAUUAAGGAAUAGUGCCCUUUCACCCACCAAAAAGGGGCAGUAUGUAGGGAAUAAACAGUUCCGUUAUUAAGGAAUAGUGCCCUUUCACCCACCAAAAAGGGGCAGUAUGUGGGGAAUAAACAGUUCCGUUAUUAAGGAAUAGUGCCCUUUCACCCACCAAAAAGGGGCAGUAUGUAUGGAAUAAACAGUUCCGUUAUUAAGGAAUAGUGCCCUUUCACCCACCAAAAAGGGGCAGUAUGUAUGGAAUAAACAGUUCCGUUAUUAAGGAAUAGUGCCCUUUCACCCACCAAAAAGGGGCAGUAUGUAUGGAAUAAACAGUUCCGUUAUUAAGGAAUAGUGCCCUUUCACCCACCAAAAAGGGGCAGUAUGUAUGGAAUAAACAGUUCCGUUAAGGAAUAUAGUGCCCUUUCACCCACCAAAAAGGGUUGCCAUACAACAGGUAAAAUGAUUGAUAUGAUAUAAAAACAAAACCACAACAUUUAAAUACGAUUUUUAUAAUGGUGUUAUAACAAGAGUUGAUAUAUAGGCCUAGUCUAAUAGAGUUUUAUUUUAUGCUAUUUGUGUCGCUGUGGGUUUUUGUAGAGAUGAGAAAAGUGGUUGUCCGCCUCUAUAUUGAUGUUUACGGUAGUAGUGGUGCUGAUGCGGGCGGGGAAGUGGAAUGAGUCAGGUUCUGUGAUGCUGCUGCUAGCGCUGCCAUUUCAUCAACAGCAACAUUCAUUUCAUAACAUUUUGCGGCCUUCAAAAACAGGAAACGAAAAAAAGAGAGUAGUGAAAAGAAAACGAACCCGUCGAAUGUAUCACAUUCGAAACGAGUGUGAUUGUAGACAAUAGUGUAGACUUCCGCCUACAAAUAAUAACCUUUUGUGGAGUAAAGCGUGCUGUUGAUUCUUCUCUUAGACCUAGGACGUUCGAGCCCGUUGUUAUCGUUAUAAACCGUAAUAAAGACAUUAGACCCGUCGUUGGAUCUCUCCAGGGGAAUUGUAAACUGUGGUUUAUGUGUCGCUGUAAGACCUUUUUCCGGCGUUUGUUCUACGAAAGAGGAGACGAGCUUCUCGAAACGAUGGAACCUGCAGCAUUCGGGUUCUGAACGCCGCAACUAAACAACAAGCUAGACAGUAGUCACCAUGGAGGCGAUAUGGCUGUACCAGUUCCGACUCAUCGUCAUUGGGGACUCGACGGUGGGGAAGUCGUGUUUGAUCCGGCGGUUCACAGAGGGACGCUUCGCCCAGGUGAGCGACCCCACAGUUGGCGUAGAUUUCUUCUCUCGCCUGGUGGAGAUCGAACCGGGGAAACGGAUCAAGCUACAGAUCUGGGAUACUGCGGGACAGGAGCGGUUCAGGUCCAUCACAAGAGCCUACUAUCGUAACUCGGUGGGCGGGCUCCUGCUGUUUGACAUCACAAACCGUCGCUCCUUCCAGAACGUUCAUGAUUGGCUAGAGGAGGCCCGGAGUCACGUCCAACCACACAGCAUCGUGUUCCUAUUGGUCGGACACAAGUGUGACCUGGAGCCUCAGCGUCAGGUGACUCGUCAGGAAGCUGAGAAACUCGCCGGUGCCUACGGGAUGCGUUACGUAGAAACCUCGGCCCGCGACGCCAUCAAUGUGGAGCACGCCUUCACGGAGCUGACCAGGGACAUCUUCCACCUGGUAAGGAGCGGUGACAUCACUAUCCAGGAGGGUUGGGAAGGGGUGAAGAGCGGCUUCGUCCCCAACGUGGUCCACUCCUCCGAGGAGGUCACCAAGAGUGACCGGCGGUGCCUCUGCUGAUCUGGAGGGAUCACUAGAGAGAUCUCUGACUCAAGCCUGGUUUCACCUAGGUCCUCCUGGAUCCAUUUCAGCUCUAGUUUAGCAAUUACCCUCUGCUGAUCUGCAUCAGGAUGGAGGGAUCUUACCCACAACUACACUACAUGGUCAAAAGUAUGUGGACACAUCAAAUUAGUGGAUUUUGCUAUUUCAGCCACACCUGUUGAUGACAGGUGUAUAAAAUCGAGCACACCGCCAUGCAAUCUACAUAGACAAACAUUGGCAGUAGAAUGGCCGGUACUGAACAGCUCAGUGACUUUCAAGGUGGCACCAUCAUAGGAUGCCACCUUUCCAACAAGUCAGUUUGUCAGAUUUCUGCCCUGCAAGAGCUGCUCCAGUCAACUGUACUUGCUGUUAUUCUGAAGUGGAAACAUCUAGGAGCAACAGCAGCCCAGCUGCGAAGUGGUAGGCCACACAAGCUCACAGGUUGUAGAGAUCGGUGUGGAAGAACUUGACUGGCCUGCAUAGAGCCCUGACUUCAACCCCAUCAAACACCUUUGGGAUGAAUUGGAAUGCAGAGUGAGAGCCAGGCCUAAUCGCCCAACAUCAGUGCCCAACCUCACUCAUGCUCGUGACUGAAUGGAAGCAAGUCCCUGCAGCAAUGUCCCAACAUCUAGUGGAAAGCCUUCCAGGAAGAGUGGAGGCUGUUCUAGCAUCAAAGGGCAAACCAACUCCAUAUUAAUGCCCAUGAUUUUGGAAUGAGAUGUUUGACUAGCAGGUGUCCACAGACUUUUGGCCAUGUAGUAUAGAUCCCUGGUUUCCCCAUCUCCUUUCUUCCAAUAUGCAAUCCCAUAACACAAUUUGUACACUCAGAAGGCAUCACACACCAUGGUUGGGCAAGAUUUAGCCAAAACGACAUUCUAUUUGACUCAGUUUAAAGGAGACUAAGAUGGAGGGGGCUCUCAGUCUCUUCCCUCCCCCCCAAAGGAAACUAAAUCUGGUCUCAAAAACUCUGUGGUUCUCGACUUUUUUUCCCCACCCAUCAUCCAACGACCAUUGUACAAUCCCUAUCCAACACCGUAAUGGGCUUUAUGGACCCUGUGGACAGGGAUGUAAGGGAACGACUGUUUGACUGACAGUACAGGUGGACAAAGUGACUCCAGGGACGUAUUCACUUCACAUCAAAUGGAGGAAAUGGACAGAACAGGAAGGGACAACCUGAACCAAUAAGAAACUUUUUUUUUAUAGCAAAAACAUUAUUUUAUUUUUUCUUAAUGGUGUGCACUAAUGAAUACGACCCAGUAAAAGGUGGACUAUAAGGGGAUAUUAGGCAUCCCUGAGUACCGGUACAUUACCUGAACAUUACCUGUUCCCCUUUGCAAGAAUCCAAAUCCCUGAGGAGGGUCAAACUGACAACAGAGGAGGACUAUUUAUUUGAGUACGUUUGAACAAUGUCUCUGGAACUUGUCCUAGUGAUAAUGGAAUCUAGUGGAGGAACCCAUGGUAACAGCUAGGAGAACAUACUCUAAAAACACCAUAACUUGUCCUAGUGAUAAUGGAAUCUAGUGGAGGAACCCAUGGUAACAGUGGAGAGACAGCUAGGAGAACAUACUCUAAAAACACCAUAACUUGUCCUAGUGAUUCUGGAAUCUAGUGGAGGAACCCAUGGUAACAGCUAGGAGAACAUACUCUAAAAACACCACAACUACCUAGAAUUCCACACCUGCGCACAUCUAAAUUACAGUUAACUCUAUAGGACACAAGUAUGGCAACAGACAAGUACAUUCAAUAUCUCAAACCAGUAUAGAAAUAAGGACACUCAUUCCAAAAAUAAAAUCACAUUUUGUUAAUGACUAAGACGAUGUAACAAUAACCUUUUCUGGUUUGGUAACUGAAACAUUAAAUGGUUUGGGCACAAUAGGUGGAGGGACAGAAGUUGCUGCGUUGUAACAAACUGUGUCCUACAUUUUAUUUUCAGUUGAAGAUGUUCUGUAGCCACUGUGUUCAAAGGUCAAUUUCUUUCUCAUCAGAAAGAAAACUAUGAUUCCUUUGUCUCUAGUGAUGAGAUUGAAAUAAGAUUUUAAUAAUCUGAUAAGGUUAUUUGUUUUGGAUAGGGGAAGCACCAUUGCUUUCCUCUGAAUGGGCGAGUGUAUACUACUGAUUCUGUAGGGCACCUUUUCAUCUACUUGAUUUGUGUAAUUAAUAACUGCAAGGAUGAACUGAUAUCGUCCACCUUUUCCAAAGAGUGAUGCAUUAUCGUAUGUCAAUCUAACAUUUCAGGGCCAGGGGAGCUGGGGUGACUGUGUACAUCUAUCAUGUAGGAUUACCCUUGACAGGGAAGAGUGGAUGGUAAACGUUCUCAAUCAUCAAAUCUGGGACCAUUUUGCAGAGUCUUGACGAGGGACUUUUCGCUCCUUUACGACUUGGAUCACGAAUGGACUUCUUUGGGUUACUUUGUGCUUUUCCCAGUUUCGUGGACAUUCUGGUUCUAGAACAGAAUCUUGGACAUCAUGAUGUUCCACCCAUCGAAUUAGAACAGAGUAUAAUUCUAUUCAGUGCUCUUAACUGAACAACGGUGUCUUCACCAAUCUCCUCCAAUGCUUAUACCGUAUCAGAGUAGUCUGUCUAGACAGACGGGUUGAGACUAGUAUCAGAGGGUUCAAGGAGUUCGGAUCAGUUGCUCCUCAUCAUCUAAUAAGACACUAUGUAAGUAAGGUCUCUAAUCACAGAUAUAGGAUCAAAUUACCAGAGCCCCCAACACUAACCUUUACCAGUAGACUAACACAAAGACAUCGGAUCCUGUAUCGGUUCUUAGAGGCAACUUCUAUCUACUGUGUCACACACAGGCAGACGUGGGGCGUGUUCAGCAACGUUUUGGAAAGUUCAAGAUAGAAAUUUGCUCUGUGGCAUAUAGAACAACGUUCCACGUUUAGCUCUAUUCAUGGAAAUUGUAACGACAUCGUUCGACAAUGUCGGCUACUGAACGUGGACAAGCAGUUACUUAGCCUGGUAAAACCAGACAUAAUGAAAGGAAACAAAAGAGAAGCGCUGUGAAAUCAGUUGGAUACCAGGCUAGCUGUUGCUCAUAAACAACAUAACACGCAAGUAGACCAUCAAUGUACAGCAUUACUAGGGUCGUAUUCAUUGGGCACCAAACGGAAGACAAGAGAGGAAACUACCCUCUCUGUUUUGCAACGUUGUGCCCUAAUGAAUAGGACCCAGGAUGAAUCUUUUCAUUUUACCCGAUGGCAUCUUCUUCUCUUUGUCUCCAAUCUGUACAAUACCAUGUAACUACUGUUCAUUCAAUUCAACAUCUAUGGAACUUUCUGGGCCACUACUAUUCUAUCAAAACAACUUGAAAUGUACUAAAAAAAAAAAAAUCAAUAAAAAAUGUUACCGGUAAAACACCA